GAGGAGGAGGAGACGACGACCACCUCGCCGCCGCCCAUGUCGUCGGUCCCGGACUGCUCCGACGCCAUCGUCCCCAACAGCAAGCGACGGCGCCACCGGUCGCCGCCCGCCGCUUCAUCCUCCUCCUCGCACAGCAGCAGCACCACACAGAAAGAGGAACUGGAAGACGAGGAGGAGGACAUGGCCAAAUGCCUCAUCCUCCUCGCCCAGGGCCCCGCCGCCAUUGAGGCAGCUAGAGUAAUGCCGGCACCCCGUAGCAGGCCAAAGAGCACGGGGAGCCGCAGGUUCUUGGCCGCCGCCGAGGCCAGAGGUGGUGUGUGCGUGUCGUACGAGUGCAAGACGUGCAACAGGUGCUUCCCCUCUUUCCAGGCCCUCGGCGGCCACCGCACCAGCCACAACAAGCAUCCGCGACGGCCAGCAGAGGAGGUGCUGGCGGCAAUGGCCAUCACCACCACGCUUAGCCUAGCGGCGACGAGGCCCGCGCACGAGUGCUCGUCAUGCGGCUCCGUGUUCACGUCCGGCCAAGCGCUCGGCGGGCACAUGAGGCGCCACCGGCCGCUCACCACCACCAGCUCGUCGCCCGCCACGGGGACCGAGGACCAACAAGACAGCAGUAGCAAGCUGCUGCAGGAGAGUAGAAUCAACCUGGAGCUGGACCUCAACCUGCUGCCGUCGACGGAGCAGGAGGUGACAUCACCACCGCCAAAGCCGCCAUGCCAUGCACCAGCUGCUGCUUCACCGAUCGAUCAUAUCCAAGGCUGCUGCCAGUUCCGCUAGUGUUCCCUGCGGUUUUCAUCCGGCCGGGCCGGCCGGCAGGCCUAUGUUUGCACUAUCUUCUUAUUCUUGUUUCGAUUACCAUGCAUGUUGCAACAUGUAUGCAUUGCAUGCAUGGUCUUGAAUCUAUAUUAUUUGUUUAUCUGUGAUUACGGUAGUGUUGUGUUCGAAUGUACGUACGAGCAAAAACUUGCACUGAACAAAAUUGCUUCUUGCAGAAGACCAUCA